UUUUGAAAAUUGAAGCUGUUUCUGUUGAUUUUGUAGCAAAGACUUCGCUAUCUACUGGAUUUUUCAAGGGUGAUUAAUAAGAAGUCCGAUAAGAUACAAUGGGUGAGUCCGAUGCCAUGAUCCAACAGCAUCCGCCACACGAACUGGAAUCAGAACUGGCACAGCCACCAGAUCCGGAAUUGGCACAGGAACUGGCAUCGACUCUAGCACAGGUAUUGGAACCAGUACUACUGGCACAGGAACUGGAAUCGUCAAAGGCACCGUCAUCGUCACAGGCACCAGAACCAACACUGGAACCAGUAUUGGCACAAGAAUUGGAAUCGACGCUAGAACAGGCACCGGAACCAGCGCUGACACAGGAACCAGAAAUGGUACCCGUGGUCCCACAGGCACCAGAAACGGCACAGGCACCGGAACCAGCACAGAUCAAUCUUCCUUGUCAAGAUUUACUUAAUGAUGGAAGAAGAAGAGAAUUCGUCGAUACUUGUGUUCCUUUAUAUGAAGCAUCGAUCACAGGAGAUUGGAAAACUGCAAAUGAGAUCCUUCAAAACAGAAGAUAUCAGCUGGUACGUUAUAGUAUCACUGAACAUUGUGACACCGCACUUCACGUUGCUGCAUCCGCUAGCAACACUGAAAGCACCAAGUUCGUGGAAAAUCUUGUGAAAAUGAUGAGAAUGGAGGACUUACAGCUUCAGAAUAAAGGUGGCAACACUCCCCUUUGUUUAGCAGCUGCAGCUGGAAACGUGGACAUUGCUACGAUUAUGGUGGAUAUGAACCAGGAGUUGCUGAAAAUCCCUAAUUGUAGCAGACAGACGCCACUCUAUAUUGCUGUUUUAUUUAGAAACAAAGCUAUGGUGAAUUACCUCUACGAUAAGUCUCCAGAAAUGGAUGCUCUAAGUUGGACGCCUACAGAAAAGGGGUGGGUUUACUCCAAAUGUGUCGAGGUUGAUCUCUUCGAUACGGCACUAAAAAUAUUUGGACGCCACCCCGACAUUCCUAAAAGAGAAAAUGCACUCGGACUUUUGGCUAAGAAGCCUUGUGCAUUUAAUGAAAUAAAACCGCAUAUUGUCUGGAGAAUCGUCAGUACAAUCACUUGUAAUAAGGUCGGACCUGUUGCAAAAGAAAGUAAAGCCAUGCAAUUGCUAAAAGAAAUUUGGGCAAGUAUUGAAGAAAAGCCAAAGAGCGAAAUAGAUGGGAUACUGAGAGGCCCCCCAACUGUGAAAGAUAGGAAGCGAACAUACCCCUCUCGAGUACUUUUUGUUGCUGCCGAAUUCGGGAAUACUGAAUUUGUGGUUGAGCUUAUUCGUAAAUAUCCUGAUCUUAUAUGGAAGCAAAACGAUGAUGGUCAAAGUAUCUUUCACAUUGCUGUCUCUCAUCGUCGUGAAAGUAUCUACAAUCUUUUAUAUGAGAUAGGCUCAACGAAGGCUUUCAUAACUUGUCUCAAAGACCGAAAAGGCAAUAAUAUGUUGCAUUUAGUUGGAAAGAAGGUAGAGAAAAACCAACCUCCCGAUGUGUCGGGAGUGGCUUUUCAACUACAACGUGAGUUAUUAUGGUACAAGGAAGUAGAGUCUAUGAUCCCUCCACAUUACAAAGACCAGAAAAAUGAUGAUGACCAAACACCACACGAAUUAUUCACCAAGACCCACAAAGAUUUAGUUUCCGAGGCCGAGAAGUGGAUGAAGGGAACGGCUAGCAAAUGCAUGGUGGUUGCCGCACUUAUAGCCACCAUAGUAUUUGGAGUCGCUUUUACAAUUCCGGGUGGAUAUAAUGAAAACAACGGCUUUCCUUUGUUCCUCCACGAAGGACCUUUCAUAGUGUUCGUCGUAUUAGAUGCCAUUUCUUUGAUCUCAUCCGCGACUUCAAUCCUUAUGUUCUUAUCCAUCCUCACUUCGCGUUAUGCCCAAAAGGAUUUCAUAGAAUCGUUACCCAAAAAACUAAUGGUAGGUCUAGCAACACUUUUCUUCUCUAUCAUGACCAUGAUGAUCGCAUUUAGUGUCAGCUUCUUUGUGCUAUACCGUCACAGGUUUAUCCCGAUAGCAAUUGUAAUUAGCGUACUUUCUCUUAUACCCAUCAUUGCGUACGCUAAACUACAAUAUCCUCUUUUGGUGGAUGUGUUCCGUUCAACAUUCGGAUCGAGGUAUCUCUUUAAGCCGAAAGAGCGAAUACUUUACUAUCAAAAUCCAAGGGUGUAAGUGUUGUAGUUAUUAGUUGUGAAUUUGAGAUUUCUUCUGUAGAUUUUUUGUUAGGAAGAAAGGGAUUAGAAUUUUGAUUAUUUGUACGUGAAGGAUUUGUGCUUUUCUUAGUUGAAAUGUAUUUCUGGUAUUGCUUCCA